AUGGACACAAGUGAGCCUGGGCACGAUGAUGAAAGUGUAACGGAUACAAUUUGCGGUACAAGUGCAACUAAACAGGAUGAUGGGAUCUCAAUCGGCGAAGUAUCUGAAGGUGAAUCUUUAAAUAGUGAUGUAGAAGCGAGUGCUGUGGAGACGACUGGCUGUCAUGAUUUUGAUGACAUAGCGGAUUGGCCAACAAAUUUACAGAAUUCCCAAAUUGAAAAGAUAGUUUUCAGAGGACCAAUACGAGCUAACAUUAAUCAUUACCCAAAAGACGGUGUUGGGCGAUCAUUUAACAAAAUGUAUUUCCAACGAAAAACAGCAAAUGGUGAAUUAGUGGAUAGAAUGUGGCUUGUGUAUUCAUCCAAAUUAGAUCGAAUGUUCUGUUUUUGUUGCAAAAUAUUUAGUAGUGACGAAUUUGCUUUAGCAAAGGCAGGCACAAAUGAUUGGGGACACAUGGCGUUGAUUUUAAAGAGACAUGAACGAAGCACUGAGCAUUUUGACUGCUAUGGGAAGUGGAUUGGGAGUGGGAUGUAG